AUGAACGGCUCUUGUGUUUCCGAAUGCCCUCCGGGUUGGUACCCUGGAUUACAUGAGCUCAGUCCCUAUUCCACGGCCCCUGGGGCAAAUCCGCCUACCUCUCCACGUCCACAAAAAUGCGAACGAUGCGGUCCGGGCUGUCACAAAUGCUCGGGGUUUCUCAAUUGUGAUCUCUGCGUCCCGGGCCUGGAAUUGCGUGAUGGCCGUUACUCCGACUUGGAUGCGGCAGGCAUGCUUAGAUACCCUUCUACCUUGCAAACCAAUACCGGUACUCGUUUGAAGUCCUCUGAAGAUUCUUCACCAUCAUCAUCAUCAUUCACCGGCACCCUUAGCCGACGACUUCCCAGUCCACCCCAGUUCGAUUGUGUUCCAACCUGUCCUCAGGGCACAUUCCUGACUCGACUCGCUCAGGGAGAGACAAGCUGUGUGCCUUGUGAUCCGACGUGUGCCAGUUGUCGUGGUCCCUUAGCCUCAGACUGUACCAGUUGUUCCGCUCAUGGACCCGCACCGCGCUGUCUCCAUCCGGCUGNGAACGCGGAAGCCGGCAACAUGACUGGAUCACCCCAGUCGGACGGAUCGAUCCCGGGCGUGUUCACUUGGGGUCGUUGCAUUUCAUGCUGCGCGUACAAAUUUGCCUUGAUCAGUCGCUCGCCUCGUGACUGCAUGUUCUGUGUGGCUGACAAGAAGGUGCUAGAUGAAUACACAGUCGCGUAUGUUUCGGUUCCAGACUCCCCGUAUUGUUUGAAUCUGUCAAACAGUAGCACGACAGCCCUGUUGUCAUCGCUACGGCAGGAAUCGAAACGACCACAGUCGGCACCAGUGCUACCACCACCACCACUACGACUAGCAUCGAUGAACAAACCAGCGUUAUGUUUGAAAGCACUCAGUCGAUUGUCACGCCCAGAACGCAAACGGUGA